AUGAACAGCCCGCUCCACCUCAUCGACAGCUUGCUGGACCUUAUCAAGAGCUCGGUCACCACAACUAUUGGAUGUCAAGGACAACCUCUUGAUCGCUAUCCUCUUCACCAGCACCAUGGCGGUUACUACAACGAGCCGCAUCCUCUCGAUCGCCAUGCUCGUGACCAGUACCUUGGUUAUUACUAUGACGAGCAGCGUCACCACGACCACUAUCCUCGUGGACGAUUUCCCGGAGACUAUCGUGGGAUGCAGCAUCGUAGUCGCUCUCCUCAACGGUACCGUGGUGGUUACUAUGGCGAUCAACGUCCUCAUAACCCCCCCUCCCCACGCAAUGUUCCGGACAAUGGUGCUCCUGCUGGCCAAAAUGCUGUUGGCAAUGCUCCCCUUGGCAAUGGCGCUAUUCCCGGCCACGACUCUCCUCCUGGCAAUCGCCAUCAUGACCUCCCAGGGUACACGGAGCCGGGGCUUACCCAAGAUUGUGUUUUGAGAGAUGUACAUGUGGCUGCCAGUCGGCCUGCUGGUCAACAAGCCAAGAGGCAUAUGCACUUGACAUCCGAUGAGAACCUCAGACUCUUUAUGACCUUCUAA